CACCGAUUACUUGAGUACAUUAGAGCACUUACCGUUGCUUACUUCACCCUUAUUAAAGACCCUAAUUGACUCUCUAGACAAAGCAGAGUUAAAUGUGUUCUGAAUCCGAUGAUCGUGAAAUUUUGUGUUCCCUAGUUUGUUGUGAUUAUCGAUAUCUCACGAGUCUUUAAGUUAGAUUCUAAUCACUAGCUUUGUCUUAUCUGGAAUUUCACAUAAUUUUACAUAUAUUCAUCGUAAGCAAUGCAGUUGGAUGUGUGAAUCGUGUUGAAAUUAUAACAUGUCGUUUUACAUAAUGAGGAGUUAAAUGAAUGGGAAUACAAACUGGUGACUUUUGUGCGCAUAAUUAUGUACUUGUCGUUUACAUAAGCCUAAAUUAGUUGAAAACGUGAUGUUUAUAACCCUCCUUGAUGUUAUUUUGUAUCCAGUUGCAUGUUCUGCGAAUUUAUGCUUCAAUGUCUAUCGUUGCUAGCCCUCCGAAAAAAGUAGGAUCAUGGUAUUUUGGAGGAGUAGCUGGCGCGAUGGCAGCUGCAUGUACUCAUCCAUUAGAUCUUAUCAAGGUGCACCUACAAACUCAACAAAAGAAAGAGUUUGGGAUGGUUGGUAUGGGGAUUCGUGUAUGGAAACGAGAUGGUAUUUUGGCGCUUUACAAUGGAAUAAGUGCUUCGAUCCUCAGACAACUCACAUAUUCUAUGACUCGAUUCGGGAUUUACGAAACAUAUAAGCAAUCAAAAAAUUCCACCUUGCCAUUCAGUGAAACUGCAUUAGUAGCUAUGCUUUCUGGGUUUUGUGGCGGUAUUGUUGGUAAUCCAGCGGAUUUGAUUAAUGUCAGGAUGCAAAAUGAUAUGAAACUUCCUAUAAAUGAACGACGAAACUAUAAAAAUUGUAUUGAUGGAUUAAUUCGUGUAGUUCGUCAUGAAGGUGUAACCAAAUUGUUCAAUGGAGUCAGUAUGACUGCUUCUCGAGCUGCAUUUAUGACAUUCGGACAAUUAGCUUUUUAUGAUAAAUUUAAAAUGAUGCUUAUAAGUACUGGUGAAUUUGAAGAUAAGCCUUUAACGCACAUGAUUGCAAGUUCUAGUGCAGCUGGAGUUGCAACUGUUAUUACUCAACCAUUUGAUGUCAUGAAAACUCGAUUGAUGAAUGCUCCUUCUGGAAAAUAUUCCGGCCUGAUGAGUUGUGCUGCAGAUCUUUUAGCUACCGGUCCAUUAUCCUUUUUCAAAGGUCUAAUUCCAGCCUUUUUACGUUUAGCACCACACACAGUAUUAACAUUUGUAUUCCUUGAACAAUUGAUUAUUAAUUUUGGACAUGUACCGCCUCAGAAAUAAUGUUUUAAAAAAAAUAGGACAGAUGAAACAGAUUAUUUUCUAAUCUAUUAUUCUAGGAAAAAAUAUUGAAAUCCAUUAAUUCAAUUCACAUGUAAAGCUCUGCAAAUAAUUUUUCAUUUUUAUGACUUUUACCUGCUCUUAACAAUUACCCGUGCAAUCGACAAUCUGUCUUUAUGCAUCUAUUGAUUUCUGUCUUUUUUAACUUAUCUGUAUACAAUUCGUUUAUAUUUAUGUUUGUGGUAAUGACUUACUUUUUGUUUCUGUUAGUUAUCACUUUUGCGAGGACGAUGUUAUUUUCUCUUUUUGGUGUGCGUAUCAUUGUUCAUCGCGAAAUUGAUUAUUUUCUCUUCUUCUCUUCUUCUUAGCCCUAAUAUUCCUUAUAUAAAAAUCCAUUUUAUCUCCUUGUUUGUACGCUUAAGCAUAACUACAGCAUUUUUCAUGUGAUCAUUCACUUUGAUUUCAAAGGAGAGUUAACACACUAAAUAAGAUUAUCAACUUCAUAUUUAAUUUAUCUCAGGAUUAAUUUUCCAACAUAAAACCUUAUUUAUUGUUGAUAAAAAGAAAAUUCAUUCCUACUCCUACUGGCAUAUUUAACAAAUCCAGUUAACUUCUAAUUACUUUCCAAUUUUUUUUAAAAUUUAUUUUGAUUCAUGUUAAUGAUUCAAGACUGCGAGUUGUACUUCAUCUUUUUACAUAUUUUCAAGAAAACUAUUUAUUCGAAAUAUUUUGCUUCUGCUAAA